UUUCAUAUUAAAGCAGCAAGACGACAAGAAAUUAUAAAAAUUACUGAACAACUUAUCGAGGCUAUUAAUAGUGGAGAUUUUGAUGCAUAUACUAAAAUAUGUGAUCCCCAUUUAACUGCAUUUGAACCUGAAGCAUUGGGAAACCUAGUUGAGGGGAUUGAUUUCCAUAAAUUUUAUUUUGAAAAUGUACUUGGGAAAAACUGUAAAGCCAUCAAUACCACAAUAUUGAAUCCACAUGUACACUUGCUUGGAGAUGAUGCUGCAUGUAUUGCAUAUGUACGUCUAACACAAUAUAUCGAUAAGCAAGGUCAUGCACAUACACACCAGUCAGAAGAAACUCGAGUUUGGCAUAAGCGGGACAACAAAUGGCAAAAUGUUCAUUUCCAUAGAAGCGCAUCUGCCAAAAUAAGUGGAGCAACGACAUUUGAUUUUAUACUUCAAAAGUGAAAGUAGGUGCCAUCAUUUGACUACAAGGAGCGGAAAUGCAGUCAAUAAUGUUAGUGGAUACAGCUAUUAACAAAGUUUAUACAAAAAAGCACAAUUUCAAAUAAAUAUUGAACUAGCUAAAAAGUUAAGCAUUCAAACUACAUAUUUGCAAAAAGAUUUCAAUUUAUUUAAAUAUCGUAAUAGUGAAUUAUUGAAAAGUACUAUUAAUCAUAACACUAAAAAUCAUCAUUCGUUAAACAUAUAAAAAUA